AUGUCACUUUCAAACUGCCGGUUUUACGAGGAGAAAUACCCUGAGAUUGACUCCUUUGUGAUGGUGAACGUAAAACAGAUUGCGGACAUGGGAGCCUACGUCAAGCUCCUCGAAUACGAUAACAUCGACGGCAUGAUCCUGCUUUCCGAGCUUUCGAGGCGUCGUAUCAGAAGUAUCCAGAAGUUGAUCCGUGUCGGUCGCAACGAGGUAGUCGUCGUGCUGCGUGUCGACAAGGAGAAAGGAUACAUCGAUCUGUCGAAGCGCCGUGUUUCGCCCGAGGAUAUCGUACGCUGUGAGGAGCGGUACAACAAGAGCAAGAUUGUGCACUCGAUCAUGAGGCACGUCGCCGAGAAGACGCAGACCCCGAUUGAGACCCUCUAUGAAACAAUAGGGUGGCCGCUCAACAAGAAAUACGGUCACGCGCUCGAUGCUUUCAAGCUCUCAAUAACCAACCCUGACAUCUGGACCGACAUCAAGUUCCCAACCGACGCUGAUGCCGAGGAGCUCAAAUCCUAUAUCGGCAAGAAGCUCACUCCCCAGCCGACCAAGGUCCGCGCCGAUAUUGAAGUCACUUGCUUCGGCUACGAGGGCAUCGAUGCCAUUAAGACCGCUUUGCGCACCGCUGAGGCCCGUAACACGGAUGAGGCUCAGGUCAAGUGCCGGCUGGUUUCUCCCCCGCUCUAUGUUCUCACCAACACCUGCCUCGACAAGAACGCCGGAAUUGCGCGGCUGGAAGAAGCCAUCGUCGACGUCCGGACGAGCAUCGAGUCGGCCGGCGGUAACCUUGUCGUCAAGAUGGCGCCCAAGGCGGUCACCGAGUCGGAUGAUGCGGAACUCCAGGCCCUGAUGGAGAAGCGCGAGCGCGAGAACGCCGAAGUCAGCGGCGACGAGAGUGUUAGCGAGAGCGACGACAACAUCCCUGCAGCGGUUUAA